GAGCCGCCCAGCGAUGCCGAGUCCGUCCAUUAUAGCGACGAUGACCUCCAAGACGUCGACCGUACGCUUCGUCAAGAACCUCCCCGUCAGCGUGAAGAUCCGCUGCACUUCCCGGCGCCAGAGGCCACUGGCGCUGAUAUUCGACGUCCUAUUCUUAAUAUAGAUAGGACCAACCGUAGCGACGUCUUCAAUCUGUCGCCGAUUCGUGAUUCUGUGCCUCUCCAGACCACUGAGAGUGAAAUGCCGCAUGAUGAUACCAAUACCGUCGGCAACUACCCUCCUCGUCAAUUCAGACCGAGAGAAUCCCCCGAGCAAGAAAAGGCUAUUGCGCACCUAAAAAGGGCCAAAGAAGCAGUUAGAAAGCUUCGGGAUGACUCCAAAUUCGAAGCCUUGAAGGGCAAGUCCAAUUACCGUCAUUGGGCUGAUAAUAUGGAGCAAUUGUUCGAUGAUAAUGCCGUCACUCCCAUCGUAUACGGCGAAGUCAUGAUCCUACCCCGUGAGCAUCGCCAUUUCCUGGCGCAAGCUCAAUUCGUCUCAUUCGCGAGAAGAGCUAUCAACAGCCAUGUGUCGAAGCAAAUUCAGCAGUAUCUGCAAGAUAGAAAGCUUCGAGAUCCAGCUGCAAUGUGGAAAGUAAUUGAGAGCGCGUACGCGCCUACCGAUGCAUCUAUAGCAGCUAGUGGUGUUAGCGAACUCAAUGAGAUUCUCGAGAGUAACUGCACGUCUCUCGAUCAGUAUAAAUUCCGCUUUCAGACCGCAUGGACGAAGACGUUUACCGGAAGCAUUGAAAGCGAGCGCGUCAAAUGUCUCUUCUUCCUUGAGAAGCUAGACAGUCCAAAAUGGGACGCGUGGAAGACCAGCCUCAUGUCGCGAGUAAGUAGGUCAUCCGACUCCGAUAGGAUCUACCGGUUCGACGAGCUCAUUGCCGAGCUCGAAGACUUCGAGAGAUCAAUAGAUCGUGAAACCAAGACCCGAAAUGCGUAUGCCGUACGCUCAGCAGCAUCGCCAGCAGCUUCAGGACCAAGACCUCAUUGCGAGCAUUGCAAUAAGAAGGGUCACGUAAAGGCGAAUUGCUGGAAACUCCGCCGUGAUAGGAAGCCAAAGGACAUGAAAGGAGAUGGUUUUUCGACCGAAAAACCUGCUAAAAAAAUGGAGGCAUAUACUGCAAAUACCAUUGAAAUUGACCUACCUCACAAUGUCCUCUCCAUAGCUUCCGACAUGCCUUCGGAUCGAUGGAUUUGCGAUACAGGUGCUGACGUCCAUUUUACGGCUUCACCUAGCAAUUUCAUGCCUGGUACGGCAAAGCCAAUCUCAAUUCGUAUACAGACAGUCUCCGGCAUCACAAUUGAAGAAGGUCUACGUGGAGACAUCUGCAUGAAACUCACUGGAUCUAGGAGAAGACCCGAUUCUAGCAUCCUCCUCACCGACGUCCUCUGGACGCCAGCAGCUAGCGCCAACCUCAUUAGCGGUGCAAGACUUGCUAGAAAAGGUGUCACGGCGAUCUACCGUCCGAACCAGCUGCUAUUGAAGCGCAAAGAUGGCAGCAUUCUUGGUACAGGACGUAAGGUCGGUAAGCAAUGGAUCUUGAAUGUCUCCUCCGUUGGAUCUCCAAAAAUGGAGACAGCAAGCUUACACCACGUCCGAAGCUCCACCGAGCCGUCCAAUAUACCUGCAGCUAUCAUGACCACGGAUGCUGAUGCGGACGCCGAAGCACCCCAACCCCGCCUGAAUAAGUCCAGGGUCAACGUCCACACCUGGCACCGACGUAUGGGCCACAUCGGCACUCAGGGGGUGCAGAAAACGGCGAGAAUUGUGGAUGGCAUCGACAUUGAAGGUCUAGCAGUCUCUAAACAGCCUUGCGGAGACUGUGCUAUCGGACGGGCACCUCAUAAACCUAACCGGCGGCCAAUUCUCCAUCGUUCUGAGAGAGCUGGAGACCUCGUCUACGUCGACAUUGGCGGCGGCGGCAAGCUCACACCCGCCAUUGAAACGGGGGCUAGAUACUGGCUUCUCAUGAUCGAUGACUUCGAUGGAUGGGCCGAGAUACGCUUCCUUAGGACCAAAUCGGAAGCUGAGAUAGUCAUCAAGGAGCUUUUCAGC